AUGAGUGGGAAUAUUCAUCAAACCUAUAGUCCAGGGAAUGAAAAGUUACAGUUUGUUGACCAGAUAAUGGUGCAGAUUUCAAAUUUGCCACUGGAUUACCUAGACUCAGACACCAUGGCUUUGCGCUGUCAGGCAAUGCUUCUCAUUGAGGACCUAAGUCAAGUGGAACCUUCUCUGUGGACAAAAGACAAGUUGCUCUCCACCUGCAUUGCCAGCAUCUUUGCCCUGCCUUCAGCUGAUAACUUACAAAGUCAGGAUGGAACCAACGUGCAGGAAUUAUAUGGUGAGACUGUGGAAGCUAUGGAAGGAAUGCUGGCAUCCUUGUUAUCAGAGAGGCCAGACACCACUGAAUUGCUUCUACUCUUAGAUCAUUUGGCUCCCUGGAUGACCUCAGGACAAACACAUGAAAGAACAAGGGCAAUGAAUACCUAUGUAUUCCUGUUAAAAUUCGCAGCCACUUAUCCCCGGUUUCAGAUGUCACAUGAAUUUCCUAGCUUGGGGCUUCUACUUGGUCAACUGUGCUUGCGCCUCAAUGACCCUAGAACAGAGAUUGGCCAACAGGCUAUGAACGGCAUCUAUUACCUCUACUCCCUUAUACAGCAGCAAAUGGGAACUAAAAUGAAAACUGACACCCUGAAAGCAGAACAGCACCAAAUGUACCAAAAGACUUUGGGUAUUUACGACCCUACUCAACCUCUGCAAAAUAUCACUCAAAUUAUUAAGGAAUUUGAGCUUCAUCUCACAUCACCCCAGAUGACAGAGCUUUUACUCACUGCUCUGGGUUGCCUAAGGGAAGCAAAUCGGAGCACCACUUCAGCAUCAUAUGCCAUCACAUCUGUCAUCCUAGAAAGUUACAAGCCCAGCCUACAAAAUCAGGUGCCUGAAAUAGUGGGUAAGAUUUACCAACAGCUUGGUUUCAUCUACAGCUUCCAAGAUCGACAAAUCAUGAUGAGGGUCAUGUCCCAGUUGGCUCAUUCUUACAUGGCAGAAGUAUGCAGUGCCCUUCUACAGUGUCCAUUCCCACUGGACAGGUUUGCUGCUGAGAUGUGGUAUGGAUUGACCAAAUCAUGUUCCUAUUAUGAAUUAGAUGUCCUUGUGAAUGUACUCCUGAAAGAGUUGCAACUAAGUCCAAAAGCCACUGGAAACUAUAUCACACCUCUGGCUGCUGCCAGCGCAUUCUGUAAAUUGCUGUCUAUCCCCAAAUGUUCUGAAGUGGCUCUCAACAUCUAUCCCCGGCUGCUAAUGUCACUGCUUAUUCAGGUGCACUAUACCAUCAGGCAUAAAGAAGUAGGCAACUCUGCUUCCCAGGAAGAAUGUGAACCUGCAUGCUAUGUUGUGAUGGCCCUGAAGACACUUCUUCUAGCUGUGAGAUGCUACUGUGAGAACGCUAUGACUGAAAAAGAACAAGGCUGGGAACUGCUCACCAGCUGUGAAGAUCACCAUCGGGGGGUUGGCCUCCUUGCUCGAGCCAUGCUUCAGAGUUCCUAUAACUUUGACCUUCUGAGGAUCUUAUACCUCCUAGUUCCCUUCCUAGAGCGAGGUGAUGAAGAACACCAGAUCACAGCAACAGCUUUCUUCAUUGAACUUCUUUGUAUGCCAGAGGCCAAGAGACUUCCAGAUCAAUAUUCCUUUCAACGUCUGAAGCGAGGAUUAAUGAAUGAAAACCAGGUUCUCAGGGCAUUAUGUAUUAAAGGAUUGGUUAACAUGGCAGAUUGGCCUGGGAAAGAAGUAAAAAUCUUACUGCCGCUCAUGACCAAAAGCCUGUCAGGAAUGGAUGGGAAGCUGUUUGUGGAGACAGUUGCUGAAAUUGAGAAGAUCCUUUCAGGCCCUGAAGGAGCAGAUUGCAUCUACAAUAUCAUCCUUUCCCUUGAGGAGUUCUUCAGUGAUGAGAGAGAAAGUGUGCGUGCUUCUUCCAUAUACCUUUUUGGGAAAAUGGUGAAAGUGGCCCAAAAAAGCAAAAAACAUUUGAUAAGACAUCAGAUACUAGAAAACAUUGUUCCAUUACUUCUGCAUUUUCAGGAAGAAAACUCUGAUGUCCCCAAGAACUGUAAAUAUGCCUUGGAGAAAUCCUUUCGAUUCUUGGGAUGGAAGCCUCCAAAGCAGAUUGUUCGUGAGAAAACCUGGCAUGAGCAUGAAGAUAUUCUGGAUGAAAUCUGCCAGUAUCUUGUAAGUUGUCAACAAGAUUGCUAAUAAACAUCAUCAUACAAAAAUCACUUAUUUGCAAUUUUUUAAAGGGUGCAUUUUAAAGUAACCAGGCCAAACAAAUUAAUCAGAAGGCAUGUGUAGAAAAGAUUUACGUGUUUUUAGAUUAUCAAGUGAUUGCUCUCUCGAUGAUGAGAUUUCCAUAGCCUGAUCAGGACCAUACAAGUUGCAUUGUGCAUGUACAACUUUCUUAAUUUCAUCUUUAGUAGUGCAUUGAAUUUGCUUUAAUCUUGGUACUGGAACCACUAAAAGCCAAUGCUAGAAGUGGAUACUGUAUUUUUAAGUAGGACUUUUGCUAACUGCAGAAAUUUCAUAUGCAUGAAUUGAAUAGGCCUUAUAACAGCCCUAUUAGAAAGAUCAAUAUUGUUAUUAUCCCCAUAUUAAAAAUGUGGCAGUGGGGACUUCCAGUGGGAAUGGUGUUUUGAACAGCGUCUGCAAAUUAGCUUUGCAAGUAGACCUGGCAGCACGGCAUUUUAGGGCUCAGGCAGGAUUCCCUGGAGCCCAGAAGUGUUCGCUGGAUAAAGGAGAACCCUAAGAAUUACCCCAAGUGUCCUCCGGAUGGCUGGUCAUAGCCAGAAGAUAGUAAAUGGAGUUUAUAGAUCGAGCAGUGAGUGAUCAGCUGGGAGGUAGGAUUGUCAUCCUUUCCCAAGCUGUGCUGCAGCCAUUUAAACAGGCUUUAAAACUGAUCACCCUAUUUCUUAAUGCACCAAUUUAUUUGCCUUUUCUUUGUUUAAAAGAGGCUUUUUCCAACA